AGGGUCCCUCUUUCUUUCUUCUCCAACUCCUUUUAAAAAUCUGCCUUCUCCUCAAGAUGCCAAAUUGCAAAUCCAGAAAGUUUGAAAAGGCAGAAGAGAGAAAGCGUGUGGGUGGAAAGACCAAGUUGAGGUCUGGCUUGGUGGUCACUGCGGCUGGGGGCAGGACUGGGGUCCAGAGAGUUGGGGUCCGGGCCCUUGCAGUUCAGUUUUCUCUUCAACAGCCCUGCUCUCUUGGCAGUUGUUUUGUGUUAUGAGUAUUGCGUGUAGCAUCAGUGGGAUGGCUGGAGCUAGGCAACAGAGUUUGUCCAGGACUUUGCUGAAGAUUAGCUUCCAGUAUUGGACGAGGCUUGUCUGGUGGAGCCUCAGUGACCUUUUCAGUUAAUCAGGGCUGUUACAAGGAUCCCAUACAGUAACAGAUGGGAAAGGGCCAGUUGGCCGGUAAGAAGCAAAGCGGCUGCUAGGUGCUUCCACACUUGGAGCUUCCGGAGGGAGACACGGCUUCCCACAUCCACCAUAACACAGGUUCACUAGCUAUGGGGCAUCCCAAGCUAGAGCUGGUGGAAGAAAGAGUGGAUUUAAUAGGGAUGUCGGCCUCAGUGUGUGUGCAUUUGUUUUUGACCAAGCUGGGCAGAGGCAGAGGAUAGAGAUGGCCCAACCCCAGGGCCAGGCUGACAAGUGGACCCCUGGGAAUGGCGAAUGUUUUGUUUGUUUGUUUCAGUCUACAUAUGGAGUGAGUCAUUUUGCCACUUGCCAAGGUGAAAUUGCAAAUCUGGGCUUCCAGUGAUUCCAAAGUCUGUGACUGGGAAUUCACAAGCAAGCUGGUGGUUGAAGCUGGCUGAAGGACAUCCUUAGGUGUUUCAGAAGUGUUCAGGGAUGUCUUUCAUGGGGGAGGAGGAGAUGGUUUAUAAAUGAAACUCAAGUGUGUCUUUAGCCUUCUUUUUCAACGGCAACAAUCACUGAACUUUGGUUAGGACCGAUCUAGUGUAUCUCUCUUUGCCCAUCUUGAGUUAGGAUGGGAGAGGAGGAAAUAGGUUCUUUCAUCUCUUCCUGUCCUCUCCCUUCCCCCAUUCCCUUCCCUCAUCCUCACUCACUCACAUGCACACACUAACCCUGAAGCCGAUGGGAUUGAGUGACUGGCACUUGGGACCACAGAGAAAUGUCAGAAUGUUUGGUUACAGACUCAAGGAAACCUCUCAUUUUAGAGUGCUCAUUUGAUUUUAAGCAAAAUUUUGGACUGUGAAUCAAGGCGUUGGGUGAAGACAAAAUGGCCUCCCCGGCUGACAGCUGUAUCCAGUUCACCCGCCAUGCCAGUGACGUUCUCCUCAACCUUAAUCGCCUCCGGAGCCGUGACAUCUUGACUGAUGUUGUCAUCGUGGUGAGCCGUGAGCAGUUCAGAGCCCAUAAGACAGUCCUCAUGGCCUGCAGUGGCCUGUUUUAUAGCAUCUUCACGGACCAGCUCAAAUGUAACCUGAGUGUGAUCAACCUGGAUCCCGAGAUCAACCCUGAGGGGUUCUGUAUUCUCUUGGACUUCAUGUACACGUCCCGUCUCAACCUGCGGGAGGGCAACAUCAUGGCCGUGAUGGCCACGGCCAUGUACCUGCAGAUGGAGCAUGUUGUGGACACUUGCCGGAAGUUCAUCAAAGCCAGUGAAGCAGAGAUGGUGCCUGCCCUCAAGCCUCCCCGUGAAGAGUUUCUGAACAGCCGGAUGCUGAUGCCCCAGGACAUCAUGGCUUAUCGGGGUCGGGAGGUGGUGGAGAGUAACCUGCCGCUGAGGAACGGCCCCGGGUGUGAAAGCAGAGCCUUCGCCCCCAGCCUGUACAGUGGCCUGUCCACCCCGCCGGCCUCUUAUCCCGUCUACAGUCACCUCCCUGUCAGCAGCUUCCUCUUCUCUGACGAAGAGCUGCGGGAUGCCCGGAUGCCGGUGGCCAAUCCCUUCCCUAAGGAGCGGGCCCACCCCUGCGAUAGUGUCAGGCCCAUCCCCGGUGACUACAGCCGGCCAGCCAUGGAGAUCUCUCCCGGUGUGUGCCACAGCAGCAUCUACUCACCCAAGGAGGCGGCCCCAGAGGAGACACGCAGUGACAUGCACUAUGGUGUGGCCGAAGGCCCCAAGCCUGCCGCCCCCUCGGCCCGGAGUGCCCCAUACUUCCCCUGUGACAAGGCUGGCAAGGAGGAAGAGAGGCCCUCCUCAGAGGAUGAGAUCGCCUUGCAUUUCGAGCCCCCCAGCGCGCCCCUGAACCGCAAGGGUCUGGUCAGUCCACAGAGCCCCCAGAAGUCCGACUGCCAGCCCAACUCGCCCACGGAGUCCUGCAGUAGCAAGAACGCUUGCAUCCUCCAGACCUCUGGUUCGCCUCCAGCCAAGAGCCCCACUGACCCCAAAGCCUGCAACUGGAAGAAAUACAAGUUCAUCGUGCUCAACAGCCUCAACCAGAAUGCCAAACCGGAGGGGCCUGAGCAGGCCGAGCUGGGCCGCCUCUCCCCUCGAGCCUACACGGCCCCACCAGCCUGCCAGCCACCGAUGGAGCCCGAGAGCCUUGACCUCCAGUCCCCAACCAAGCUCAGUGCCGGCGGGGAGGACUCCACCAUCCCUCAGGCCAGCCGACUCAAUAACAUUGUCAACAGGUCCCUGACGGGCUCCCCCCGCAGCAGCAGUGAGAGCCACUCCCCACUCUACUUGCACCCCCCCAAGUGCACGUCCUGCGGCUCUCAGUCCCCGCAGCAUGCAGAGAUGUGCCUCCAUACCGCCGGCCCCACGUUUCCGGAGGAGAUAGGAGAGACCCAGUCUGAGUAUUCGGAUUCCAGCUGUGAGAACGGGGCCUUCUUUUGCAAUGAGUGUGACUGCCGCUUCUCUGAGGAGGCCUCACUCAAGAGACACACACUGCAGACCCACAGUGACAAACCCUACAAGUGUGACCGCUGCCAGGCCUCGUUCCGCUACAAGGGCAACCUCGCCAGCCACAAGACCGUCCAUACGGGUGAGAAACCCUAUCGUUGUAACAUUUGUGGAGCCCAGUUCAACCGGCCAGCCAACCUGAAAACCCAUACUCGAAUUCACUCUGGAGAGAAGCCCUACAAAUGCGAAACGUGUGGAGCCAGAUUUGUACAAGUGGCCCACCUCCGUGCCCAUGUGCUCAUCCACACUGGAGAGAAGCCCUAUCCCUGUGAAAUCUGUGGCACCCGUUUCCGGCACCUUCAGACUCUGAAGAGCCACCUGCGAAUCCAUACAGGAGAGAAACCUUACCAUUGUGAGAAGUGCAACCUGCAUUUCCGUCACAAAAGCCAGCUGCGUCUUCACUUGCGCCAAAAGCAUGGCGCCAUCACCAACACCAAGGUGCAGUACCGCGUGUCUGCCACCGACCUGCCCCCGGAGCUCCCCAAAGCCUGCUGAAGCAUGGAGUGUUGAUGCUUUCCAUUCGAGUCCCUUCUCAGAAUCUACCCAAAGGAUACUGUAACACUUUACGACUUUCAUCCCAUGACGUAGUGCCUCUUUCAUCCACUAGUGCAAAUCAUAGCUGGGGUGGGGGUGGGGGGAGGGGCG